CAUGCAACGACGUCAAGCUAAUUUCCCCCCUUCGACCAUUCCCUCGCGGCCAGGCCGCCGGCCGGUGGUGUCGAAGUUUCAACGUUGCUAAUUAACUCUACUCUACUCUGCUCUUUUCUUUUCUUUUGCUUGCCCCCUGCGCGAGGAGAUCGAGGUCUUUCUCUGUUGUCUCCGGCGGCGCGCGUGGUCUACUGGUGCCUGCCUGGUGUAACUAGCUUGCUAGCUAGCUAGAUUAGAUGACGCGGGCGGCCGCGUCGCCGUGGUCGCGAGUGUGCAUGUGGUGCGGCGGCCGGAGGAGGAGGAGGAAGAGUGAAGGCGCUGGGGACGCCGGCGCGUCGGGGCCGGGCGGCCAGUGGAGCCUCUUCAUCGACCUGCCCGUGCUGGAGGCCGCCACCGCAGGCUUCUCCGACCGCAACCUGCUCGGCCGCGGCGGCUUCGGCCCCGUCUACAAGGGCGUGUUGGAGAGCGGGCAGGAGAUCGCGGUGAAGAGGCUGUCCCUGGAGUCGCGGCAGGGGGCGCGGGAGUUCCUCAACGAAGUGCGCCUGCUGCUCAAGGUGCAGCACCGCAACCUCGUCUCGCUCCUCGGCUGCUGCGCCUCCUCCGCCGCCGGGGCCGGGGCCGGACACAAGAUGCUCGUCUACCCAUACUUCCCCAACGGCAGCCUCGACCACUUCCUCUUCGACAGGGAGAAGAGGAUGCAGCUUGAUUGGCCAAAACGUUACCAAAUAAUCCUCGGGCUAGCAAAGGGCCUCCUCUACCUCCACGAAGAAUCCCCGGUGAAGAUCAUCCACAGGGACAUCAAGGCCAGCAAUGUGCUCCUAGACGACAAGCUGAACCCAAAGAUCUCGGACUUCGGCAUGGCGAGGCUCUUUCUCGAAGACGCCACGCACGUAAACACCUUCAGGAUAUCCGGCACAUAUGGUUACAUGGCUCCAGAGUACGCGAUGAACGGGUACCUAUCGACGAAGACAGACGUUUUCAGUUUUGGGAUGCUUGUGCUGGAGAUAGUCAGCGGGAGGAAGAACAUCGACCGGCAUCUCGACGCUGAUAAAGUGGACUUGUUGAAUCACACAUGGAAGCUGUGGGAGCAAGAACGGUCAGUGGAGAUCAUGGACCCGGACCUCUCCGGCGCCUGGGAAGCCGACGAGGCGGCGCUGUGCGUGCAGCUCGGGCUGCUGUGCUGCCAGGCUCUCGUGUCGGACCGGCCGGACAUGUACAGCGUGCACCUCAUGCUGUCCAGCGACUCCUUCACGCUGCCUAAGCCUGGGAAGCCGGCGAUCCACGGCCGGGUAGGCCGGUGGAUGAGCACCGUGGCAUCCGGGUCCGUCUCCGGCUCCGGCACAAACACGAACAGCACGUUCGCUACCGACACGACCAAGGCCUCGACGUUGGAGUUGGAAAAUAUUGCGGAGGACCACUCCAGGAACUCCAUUUCUGUAUCAUUCACCACGGAAGGCCGGUGAAAAUUUAAAAUUUCUUUUAAAAUACAUGAACAUUACUUGUAUAUACAUGUGAAUUUUUUUAAGCAUAUGCCGACGACCCCGAUUUUUGGCCCUCGGCGUAGGACCAGGCCGUUGGCACCUCGGCCAUUCCUGUAGUGGAAGUGAAACCUUUGGUCAUUUUCGUACAUGGAAUGCCAUAAAAAGGUUUUUUUAAGGAUUGUAUUUCAUUUAUAAAUAAAAACACCCCAUUUUGAUGUUUU